GUGUGCGUGUGUGGGUUGUUGAUGCUCUGUCUGUUUGAUGGGUUGAUUCUAAUUAAAUUCCUCCAUGGUUUGAUGAGAUGAGACAUUUUCGUCUGUUCUUCUCGCGUAACAAUGAAGUUCUCUCAUUUCAAGUUUAAAGUUGUGACGGAACCGCAUCAGUGUGGUCGAGUCUUCAAAGCCAAAGCGCUUCGUGAAUCACUGGAGAUCAUUGAUCUCAUUAUAAAAACAAAGAACAAGGAGCAUUUCACAUCCAGACUUCGGAGGGGAACUCACUACCUCUUAAGGUACCCCCAGGACGAACUACCUACCGCCGGCGCCAAGUUCACCAUAGUGAAAGAUGAGACCAGGAUUUUUACAACUUAUGCCUUUCACAUACCGAAAGAAGUCGAAGCUGCUUAUUAUGAAGCGAAAUUACUCACGGUUCCGGAGGCUGAUCGUGCGGAGAAAAACACAAGAUUAUCUCUCAGGGGUGUCAUAAAAAAUCUGUCACCCAUCACAUGGAUGGAAACCUGCCCAAGACGAGAGUUUGACUUGGAAGAACCUGAUACCUCCUCAUCAAUUAAGUGCACCGUCUUAGGGAGGACCUGUACCAGCCACUUACCUGAGGGUUCUCAUGCCACAUUCACUAACUUGGAGACGACAGUCUUCAAGGGAACUGUCCAGGUCUGCACAACACCGGAAACCGUAAUUAGUGUGACUGAGGGUGAUCAAACUGUAACCUGCGAAAUCUCAGCGUUUGACGACAUGAGCAACAACGCAGCUGUUGAACUUCUGACUGAACAGGGUGAUGGUUUUCGUUGCUAUUCAGCAUCUACCGAUCAGAUUCAUGAGAUAAUACGCUCCGAGGACAUCAACGACCUUGUUCUACUUUUGCCUUUUGUGUGCACCUUCACGUAUUGUCCUUUAACAGCCUCAAUCAAAACCAUAAGAAGUACAUAAACUUAAAGGGAAAGUACUUCAGUGUUUUUACCUGGGCCCAAUGAGCCAGGUAUUAGUAAGCCUUUAUGAAGUAUGGCAGACACAAUGGUACAACACUUUAUGGUUUGGGUAAACUUGUCUGUAUACACCCAAACCAAACAGUCAGUUCUAUCACGUCCGCCAUACCUCAUUAAGGCUUAUUUGACGUG